AUGCUGGUGCACACUUACUCCGCCAUGGAGCGCCCCGACGGGCUGGGCACAGCGGCUGGCGGGACCCGCCUGUCGUCCCUGCCCCAGGCGGCCUACGGACCCGCACCGCCACUGUGCCACACGCCCGCCGCCUCUGCCGCCGCGGACUUUCAGCCUCCCUACUUCCCGCCGCCCUAUCCGCAGCCGCCGCUGGCCUAUGGCCAGGGCCCCGACGCCACCGCCGCUUUUCCGCACUUGGCCGCGGACCCCUAUGGCGGCCUAGCGCCACUGGCACAGUCACAGCCCCCGCAGACCGCUUGGGCCGCGCCCCGGGCUGCCACCCGCGCCCACGAUGAGCCGCCCGGCUUGCUGGCGCCACCCGCCCGCGCUCUGGGCCUCGACCCACGCCGGGACUACGCUGCCGCGGUGCCCCGGCUCCUGCACAGCCUGGCCGACGGCGCGCACGGCCUGGCAGAUGCUCCCCUUGGUCUCCCGGGGCUAGCGGCGCCCCCCGGCCUGGAGGAACUGCAGGCGAUAGAUGACCCGGGAAUGAGCCUCCUGGACCAAUCCGUGAUCAAGAAAGUCCCCAUUUCCUCCAAAGCCGGCAGCCUCUCCACCCUCUCACUGGCCAAAGACAGCCUGGUUGGCGGCAUCAGCAACCCCAGCGAGGUCUUCUGCUCCGUGCCUGGCCGCUUGUCGUUGCUCAGCUCAACAUCCAAGUACAAGGUGACCGUGGGGGAGGUGCAGCGACGACUCUCACCUCCGGAGUGCCUCAACGCCUCCCUCCUGGGGGGUGUCCUCCGAAGGGCAAAGUCCAAGAAUGGGGGCCGGUGUCUGCGGGAACGUCUGGAGAAGAUUGGGCUCAACCUGCCAGCUGGCCGUCGGAAGGCAGCCAAUGUGACUCUGCUGACCUCACUGGUGGAAGGAGAAGCUGUGCACCUGGCUCGGGACUUCGGCUAUGUUUGUGAGACUGAGUUUCCAGCCAAAGCAGCUGCUGAGUACCUGUGCCGACAGCAUGCUGACCCUGGGGAACUGCACAGCCGCAAGAGCAUGCUGCUGGCUGCCAAGCAGAUCUGCAAGGAGUUUGCAGACAUGAUGGCUCAGGACCGCUCCCCCCUGGGCAAUAGCCGCCCAGCACUCAUCCUGGAGCCUGGGGUACAGAGCUGUCUGACACACUUCAGCCUCAUCACCCACGGCUUCGGGGGGCCUGCCAUCUGUGCUGCCCUCACUGCCUUCCAGAACUACCUGCUAGAGUCACUCAAAGGACUGGACAAGAUGUUUCUAAGCAGUGCGGGGAGUGGGCAUGGAGAAACCAAGGCUUCAGAGAAGGACACCAAGCAUCGGAAGUAACUGUCUUGUCCUACUAAGUAACUCCCAAUGCCUGAGAUGAGGCCUUGGCUACUGUGGUGGCCUUGCUGGGAUUCCAGUAAGGCCAGGGAGAACAUUUAUCCAGAAACCCAGAGUGGACCUGGUUGGGUCCAGAGGAGGAGGUUUCUGGUAAGUCUCCAACAGGAAAAUGUCAUGGAAAAGUGUGGUUUAUGGGACAGAGCUCUUCCCACUGAGAUGCCUGGGCAGCAGUGGGUGCCCCAAGCCAGAGGCACUACUGAGAAGUUAGUGACCUUCACUCCAGAAGUCUAGCCCGGGGGACAUGUGGGCUGGCAGGAGGCCCCAGUGGGCUCUUUGGAUCCUUCCUGCUCCUGGGGGCAGGAGAGGCCCCCAGGAACAAAGAUGGUACAGCACAAACCACAGAACUUGAGCCCAGGCUGUACAUCACAGACUUGCUGCUGUCCGUCCUAUUUAUUUAUGUAUAAUA